AUGGUAAGUACAAUAAACGUUAUUGCAUAUACAAAAUUAUCCUUUCUUAAUAUACUUAACCAACCAACAUUAUUUAUUUCAGGCGAGAAAUGCGGAGAAGGCUAUGUAAGUUAUAUAAAAAGAGUAUAUUCCUUUUUUUAAUUUGUCUGUAAGUUUGUAAGUUUUUCUUUUUCACACAUUUAUUUAAACUUUCGUUCUUUAACAGGACCACUCUUGCUCGAUGGAGAGCCGCACAAAGCAACGAAGGAGCCAGAAAGGAACAAGAAAGGAGACCGUAUUUAGCAUCCGAGUGUAGAGAUUUGAGGAAAGCGGAGAAGUGGAGGAUGCAAAUAAUUAGAGAAAUUGCAAAGAAGGUUGCACAGAUUCAGAACGCAGGCCUAGGGGAAUUUCGUAUACGAGAUUUGAACGACGAGAUUAAUAAAUUGCUGAGGGAGAAACGACAUUGGGAGGCUCAAAUAAAAGAAUUAGGUGGACCUGAUUAUUCCAGAGUGGGGCCACGUAUGCUAGAUCACGAAGGUCGUGAGGUACCUGGAAAUCGUGGUUACAAAUAUUUUGGAGCGGCGAAAGAACUACCAGGUGUUAGAGAAUUGUUUGAACAAGAACCACCGCCUCCGCCACGCAAAACACGCGCUGAAUUAAUGAAGGACAUCGAUGCUGAUUACUAUGGGUACAGAGACGAUGAUGAUGGAAUUUUGCUGCCUUUGGAACAAAAAGCUGAACAAGAAGCACGAGAAAAAGCGACGCAGGAAUGGCUGGCGCAGAACGAAAAAGAGCCAGAGAUAGAAGAAGAGAUCGAGACAACUGCACAAAAAGCAAUACCAUCGCAACAAGAUAUUCAGGAGGCGUUGCUUGCAAGAAAAAAACAAGAACUAUUAGAGAAAUAC